CAACACUGGUAGUUUUAUCUACAGAAGUUUGUUGUAUAUGACAUUCUCUUGUGUGUGUAAUAGCUUGAAGAAAAAGUUUUGUUAAAAAUAUAAAAAUGGCCAGCAAUUUUAAUGAAGAAGGUGCUACACGAAAAAAUGAAGAAUAUGAAGGCCCACGUAUUAAUGGAGUUGCUCAGAAAUUUCUUGCAGACUUGAACGAGGAACGCGAACGCUUAGGUAGCGAAUUUCCAUUGUGCGUUCAGGUCAUUGAUGAAGCAAUUGAACGGGUGUAUACCACCGGCCGAAUACCAGGCACAGAAUACCUAGCUGACGUAUAUAAACAAAAACCAAUGAAAAUUACGCAAAAAGUCUUUGUUCCAGUUAAGCAAUAUCCCAAGUUCAACUUUACAGGAAAACUAUUGGGCCCAAAAGGUAAUUCUUUACGGCGCUUACACGAAGAGACACAGUGUAAAAUAAUUAUAAAAGGUCGUGGUUCAAUGCGCGACCGCAAUAAGGAAGAAGAACUGAGACAAUCCGGUGAUCCUCAACAUGCGCAUUUAAAUAGAGAUCUCUUCAUUGAAAUAAGCACUGUAGCAACUCCAGCCGAGGCACAUGCUCGAAUUGCUUAUGCUUUAGCUGAAAUACGUAAAUAUCUUGUACCAGAUAAAAACGACGAAGUUUCGCAGGAACAACUGCGUGAACUUAUGGAAAUAGAUCCGAAAUCUGCCGAAUCUUAUUCGAAAACGGUACUUAAUAAGUUCUCUACUGGAGAAGGUGCAUCUAAAUUUUUAAAUUUAAUCAAACAUCACGGUGUUCCGCAAGAGAGUUUAGAGGAGCAAUAUGAAGAAAUAAUUGAAUAUCAACCUCGAAUUCCAAAGCGUACAAUUCCAGCACCAUAUAUAAAAGUGCCUAUUAAACGACCACCAACUACGGUAAUUGGAUCUGGAUUUAAGCGUACACGCGAGACAGCAGUUAAACCUUAUAAACCAAUAUAUCAAAGUAUUAUACGGAAAUACAAAUAAAUUGAUGCUGGUAUAAACCUUUCUGAAUCAAAUAUUGUAAUCAUAACUAACUACUACACAAAAAUAAUAAAAAAAUUUAAACAUAAUAAUAAUAUUAUAUUAAUCACUCAAUUUUCGUAAUAAACUGAAUACUGAAUGAUGUUAAUGUAAAUGUAGGUCCUCUAGAAUUCGUGUGCAAAUAAUAAUAAAGAACAAUACAAUUAAUAAUAGUUUACUCUUUAUCUGAAUAACUUAACAAAUGUUAUAAUAUUAAAAGAAAUAAUAUAUUUAUAAUAUACAAAACUCUUUCUCGAAUCAUGUUAUGUGUGUUACUGCAAUAAAACAACAAAUUGUAAUAACUUUCGAAUUUCAUAAACCUUUAGACACAUACAUAUGUAUAAAAAAUUAUAAAACUUAUAAUUGGCGAAAUUAUAAACUGAUAAUAUUUUAAAACAAAUAAUUUGUACGAAACAGUCUGUCUCAUAAACCAAUAUGUUUCAAUAAAAAUUCUAUAAUUCAGUAACAUAA